CAUUUUAUCAACUCCCUCAAGUACAGCAAGCGUACCUCACUAUUUUCGACUUUCGACUUUCGAGAUACUAGUAUCGUUAACAUUUACCGCACGCAAUUUCUUCUGAAAAUGGAUAGAGAUUGUUUUCUAGAAGCCCAAGAGGCAAUGAACAGCAACAACAAAGAAGCUCUGUUGCUUCUGUACAACGAGCUACGCGGGCAGUUGAAUUCAAAGCCAAGAUGUUCAUCUUACUUGCUUCGAUCAAAACUGGGCAAUUCACUGUACCGGCAUAUUGUCGCUGAGACAUAUAUUCCAAGCAGUAUGAAAUCGCAGGGAAAGAUCUACACUGCAAUCAGAUCUCAAGCAUCAGGGAAUUGUCUUUACAGCUCAGUAUCUUUGCUGCUUGUAGGAGACAACAGCUUAACAUGUAAACCCUCGCUUGGCAAAUGAAGCAAUUGUGAAGGAUGUUGCUGUUCACAUAUUAUUCUGCUAUGAAGGCAAGUUUAAGUCUGGCGAGAGCUUUUUGCCAAACCAUUAUGUUCCUCUUCUUUGCUCAACAAAAAAUGAAAAACAUAAAGUGUGUAACAAAAAGCGCAAGCAUCCUGACAACUCUUCUCUACAAGAACACCAAGAUAUUAACCGAUUCUUCCAGCUGUCUUGCAUUGAUAAACCUUCUAACAGUAAUUUUAAAACUGAUAAGUCUAGCCUUAGCACCUUAUGUAUUGACAAGUCUUCUUCUCUUGAUUCAACUUGCUACAAAAAACCCCCUUCUGAUAAAAUAGUGUCAUUUAGUGAGGCUUCUUCUCUUGUUGACUGUCAUAUUCCCCUUAAUUUUGAUGUUGCAACUUUCAGAGAAAAAAGAAAAGGCAUGAGCGAUGGGGAAAUUUACAAUCUCAUAGUAAAUGUUUAUAGACCAGAUGAAAAUUUUGAAUUCCCAAAAACGAAUGGAAGAUCUUUUCGUUA